AGCUAUGAGCUAAAUGCUAAUCAUUUUAUCGAUUAAAUUAAGCUAAUAAGUUGUCCACUUAUAGGUACAUAUCGCUACAUGGCCUUUGAGUAUACCUGGCACAGUAUCAUCUCAGAAAAAUGUGAUGUUUACUCAUUUGGUAUGGUUCUAGUAGACGUUCCUAUUGAGGAGAAUAUUGAUCCUAAUAUCAAAGGAAAUAUAGCACCAGAGUGUUGGCGAGUGUUUUUUUAUAUCACCCAUAGAUGCUUGAAGUUUGAACCAGAUGAGCGACAAACGAUGGGCGAAGUAGAGCGUACAAAUCCACUCAGGAAACGCUCCCAAACAGUCAUAGAAGAACUAUGCCAUAGAUUUUCGGUGGCCGAGAUAAGGAAAUCAACAAACAACUUUGAUGAAAAGCGAAAAAUUGGAAGAGAAGACUUUAAUGACAUAUACAAAGGUUGUCUCAAACUUAAUGGAGCAAAUGACAUUUUUGUCAGAAUCAAACGGUUGAGAAAGAUGUUCGACCAAGGGGUGCUUGAGUUCAAGAAGGAAGUUGAGUUACUUUGCCAGCUUCGUCACCCGAAUGUGGUUACUCUUAUAGGAUUUUGUGACCACAAAGACGAGAAAAUUAUUGUAUACGAGUACGUGGCCAAUGGUUCUCUUUAUGAUCACCUAUAUUGCAGUAACAUGAAAAUGGAACCACUCACAUGGAAGCAAAGGCUUAAGAUCUGCGUAGGAGUAGCACGUGGACUACACUACCUUCACACAGGUGCUAAGCGAACCAUUUUUCACCGUGACAUAAAACCCAGUAACAUUCUUUUGAAUAAUAAUAUGGUGCCCAAACUCUCAAAUUUUGAGCUUUCCUUACAGGGAUCACAUUGUACGUCAAAGCCAAAACCUACUGAAGUAGAAGUAGUUGCGGGUACCAUUGGUUACAUAGCUCCUGAGAAUUUCCAAAACAAAAGCUUCUCAGAUAAAAGUGAUGUUUAUUCCUUUGGUAAACUUCUACUAGAGAUGGUAUGCACGGAAAAGCGAAAGAUUGUGGAGAGGCUGAGGCACCCUGUUGAGAGAAAUAUUGAUCCGAAUCUCAAAGGAAAGAUUGUACCAGAGUGUUGGGAAGUAUAUAUGGAAAUGACACAAAGAUGCUUGGAGUAUGAUCCAAAUGAGCGACCAACAAUGGGUGAAGUAGAGGUACAACUUGAGCAUGCUCUAUCAAUGCAGGCAGAAGCUGAUGACAAAAAGGCUAGUGGGGACUACUAUUCCCUGUUAUCCUUCACCAUUAUUAAUCCUAGGAAAUAG